AUGCUGACGCGAGAUUUUAUCGAAGAUAGUUUGUACAAUCCUUCUUAUGGUUAUUUCUCCAAACAAGUCGUAAUUUUCACUCCUGGCGAGCCUUUCGAUUUCAACUCCCUCGAAGACGAACCAGCUUUCCACCGUCUCCUGGGUCAACGGUACACCGAGUUUGAGGACGAGUUGGAUCUUAAAUCUCCCAACGAGACUCGUCAACUAUGGCAUACACCAACGGAGCUCUUCAGACCCUACUAUGGCGAAGCUAUAGCCCGGUACUUGGUCAACAAUUACAAAAUAUGGCAAUACCCAUACCACGAUCUCAUAAUCUACGAAAUGGGAGCCGGAAACGGCACCCUCAUGCUCAAUAUCCUCGACUAUAUUCGCCUCACAGAACCUGAGGUUUAUGCCCGCACAAAGUUCAAGAUCAUUGAGAUAUCGAGCAAUCUCGCAUCUUUACAAAAAUCACAUCUCUUGAGGAACGCCAAUUCUCGAGGACAUUUAUCUAAAGUUGAAAUCAUCAAUAAAUCAGUUUUUGAAUGGAACCAGAUAGUACCGUCGCCGUGUUUCUUCCUAGCCAUGGAAGUUUUCGACAACUUUGCGCAUGACUCCAUACGAUAUGACCCUGUCACGGAAGAACCUCUCCAAGGCACCGUCCUGAUAUCCAACACUGGCGAAUUUUACGAGUUCUACACACCCACUAUCGACCCCAUAGCAUCCCGUUUCCUCCGCGUACGACAUGCUGCUACGAAUGGAAAAUAUCCACACCCACUUCCACAGAACAAAUUAAUAAGAUCGUUGAGAAAUAGCAUGCCAUUCGCUCCGAAUCUCAGUCAGCCAGAAUAUAUACCUACGAGACUUAUGCAAUUUUUCGAUAUAUUGGCCAAGUAUUUCCCGGCGCAUAGGUUGGUGACGAGUGAUUUUCAUUCGCUGCCGGAUACAAUCAAGGGAGUCAAUGCGCCAGUUGUGCAGACGAGGUAUAAAAGGAGAACGGUUCCUGUGUCGACGCCCUUUGUACAUCAAGGAUAUUUCGACAUAUUGUUCCCUACUGAUUUUGCGGUCAUGGAUAAUGUAUACAGAGCCAUCACAGGGAAAUUUACACAAGUUUUAUCACAUGAAGAGUUUCUGAACCGAUGGGCUUAUGUGGGACAGACGGAGACCAAGAAUGGGGAGAAUCCCCUUUUGACGUGGUAUAAGAAUGCCAGUGUUCUUACCACAGUAUGA